UGCGACUGAUUUGUUCCUUCAAGACACGUUUCAGUAAGUCUAGAAAGUCUGCAACUUGAACCCGGAAGCUGUGGUGCACUGAUAGUCAAGUUGUAGUCCAGUGUGGUUACGUAGCUGUGAUUUACAUCAUGGCUGCUGUUAACAGACCUCAAACACCUCACCAACCGCGUGGAGAUCCACACUUCCAUGCCACCAGUGGUGUGCCAAACACUGGACAGCAGUACCCCGGGCCACAGACCAGCGGCCAAGACCCAGGAGGGACACCCCAUCCCAUGUCUGCACGACCGGUCUUUUACGUCCAUGCGCCACCUGCGCCGCCUUUUCUCCACUACCAAUGGCCCAUGCCCUUCUACAACCCCUUUGCUGGCUUCCCAAGCAUGGGCUAUGGUGUGGUCAUGCCCCAAUUCCCGCCUCCCCCCUAUAUGGAGGCUCCAGCAUCAUACAUUAUGCCCCACCCACAUGUUCAACCAGUUGACUUCAGACGCUUUUUAAACCCUGUGGUCCAUCCUCAUGGCCCCCUGUACCAGAACCUGAACCAGACCAGAAGGGUUCGGGUUCCUUAUACUGUCCCUGUUAGAGAAACUGUCAACUCUGAGGUCCAAACAGAACCGCCACAGGCAACUUUGGAUAGCAACGGAAAGGGAAGACUCCUUGUGGGUUCAGAUUCAGGGCGAGGAACUGCGUCGUGUUCUCCAUCAUCCUCCAGUUGUAGUUCGCAAAAACAAGGGUCUGAGGUUGAAAAGUAUACUUCACCCAGCAGUUGUGUAGACAAGGAGAUCCAGGUCACCAGCCCCUGCAAACAAGCCUUUGUGUCACAUCCUGACAAAUCAAAUAGGGCUGUCAAGUUAUGUUGUGAAAGGUUAGACCAGAAUAGGUUUGUAGACAUGGACAGUCAGAAAACUGGCCGUGGUAAUGUGUGGUCAGUGAGCUCUCAGGAUUGCAUCGUUCCUGUGUGUAGCUCUUCUCAGCAAGAGGACGAGGUUGUCAAAGAAAGGCGCCCCUCCGUCCCUGACAUUUUGGUAUGCUGGGACAGUACUACACCACAGAAUGUGUCAGGCAAUCUACUACCUCAUGAGGACCAGCAGUCCUCCAGAUGUGACGAGGACUAUGAAGGGCCUGUUUAUCAGAGUACUACUGAAACAAAGCGUGUUCCUGCGCUUGGUGAUGACCACUGUACCAAUUCUGCUGAGGGCACCUCAGAUCGCAAGAGUGACACACUUCAUGAGGUCCUCUUGGAAUCCAGAAGACAAAGUAGAGCAUUAGGAUUGCACAACUCUGAAAACCCAACUGAUCUCCAGAGCCAAGUUGGGCAUUCGUUUACCAAGGUCUGUGGAGUCGGUGGCAAUGAAGACAACUGUGCGACAUUCCCACACAAUGACACGACUGAAAGUAUUCACUGGAGAAGUACCUCCCAAAUGAGAAAGAAAAUGAAUGAAUCGGUGUGGUCUGUAGAAUCUCUAGCCCCAUUUAUCCCUAAUAAGGAAUGGAUUUUGCAAAACGGCAUGAUUGGACCUGAGAUGAUUGCCGAGCUGAACGAGGACCCUGAAAAAGAUGGGCCGUCGACUCAAAAGGACUUUUUCAAAUCAGACAACAAACGGGUUCUGAGGUUGUCUUCCUCCGACUCUGCUCCAAUGUCGGACAGUUGGCUUGUUUUCUGCACUCCUGGUGAUCAGACGAAGAAACCACAAACUCCAAAAACCCCUGAAACGCCAGGACUGCAGAGCAUGGCUCCUUUAGAAAAUGAAGCCCCUGUUUGCUUACAGGUUAAAGUUACACCCCCCAGAACAGAUGUGGGGGAAAAUGGGUCUUCUGAACCUGUGGCUAAUCCAAGCCCAAACCAGGAAUUGUGUAUGAUUGAGCAGCAGGCAGGGAGUCCCUGCUCUGCUGGACAAGAAAAAUGGUCCUCAAACCCCUUAGCAGGUGACAAAGUCCCACCUACAGCCCAGUGGACUCUGGAUAAAAGUGAAGUUGUGAAACCUGACAAUGGAGAAAAUGGAAGCAAAGAUAACUGCCAGCUGAGGAACCAUCAACUUUGUGUCCCUGUGACUGAUCCCAGAAUGGCAGCAUUAUCCCCAAGCAGCAUCGCACACUGUCUGUUUAUCGGUUUCCACUGCAAUACAUUGCAUGAAGCGAAAUGUCCAUAUGAGAAGCUGAAGCCUAACAUGGGGCAGAAAGCAAAGCAUCCAGAUAUCAGGAAAUACAAAAAUGGCAAAACUGAAGGAGGCUCAAAGAAUGGGCGAAUGCAGAAGAAUCAGAAGAAAUUCACUUCAUGGAGGAACAAACGACAUGGUGGAGAUGGAGAAAACAAAUGCUGAGCUGUAGCCAUGAGACAUUUUGUUUUUAAGGACAUUUAAACUGAAA